UAUUCCAACAAGUCUCACUGAUGUUGAGUCAAGUCUGGAAAUCACAUUGAAUAAACAUUCGGGUGCUUCAAAGGCAGUUUGGACAGAUAAAGAGCUGAGAAACAAUGGACCGCCCAUGGAUACCAAUCUGAAAAUAAAAUGAAUCUUUUGUUAUUUGCGCCUUGAUGGAUGGUAGGUGAUUCUGUUAAUUAUUUUUAUGUAAUAGAGUUCGCUAUAGAAUUGAUUUUUUUAAUUAUCUCAAUAUCAGAGACAUCGAUAAAUCAUGUUAAUAUCCAUCAUCUAUCAAAUCAAGGACUGUUUAAUGGCUUUAGGAAUCUACAUAAACGAACCAAUCGAGUUGGACAACAGUUGUCGUCAAGGCAUGGCUUACCAGUUUUACAUAUCUAAGUUCCUUCAAAUAAUAAUUAGUAGGAGCAGCCUCCAUGGAGCAUUUCAUAUCACAACAACGAGAAAUACUGUACUAGAAAAAUAUUUAUGGGGAUUUAUAAUGUUGAUGGCGAUCCUAUACUCCAUUUUUUUAAUGGCUUCUUUUUGGAUUCGUUAUCUCACAAAUCCAACUUUGAUAUCUCUUGACCGCAACUAUCACGAGUGGAAUACAACAUUUCCCAGUUUAACUGUUUGCUUCCACGACCGAUUGAACACCACGGCACGUGACAUCGUAAUCCACCGGCUAAAGCCUGAAAAUGCUACCAAAUUCGAAAUGUUCCUGGACCUUCUGGCUGAAACCGAUAUUACUAACAUCAAACAGUUGCAGGAGUAUGAUGAAUACAGCCACAUGGAUAUCAACUCCAUUGUGAAUGAAAUUGUUAAUCAUGUUAACAACCCAGUGACACUAAGCAACGAGGAGGAAUCCACCAUGCAUCGGGUGAUUACUGAACUAGGAAUUUGCUACAGUUUCAAUUCAGCUAUUACCAAAUAUCUAUCAGUUGGAGCAAAUGGGAACAACUUGAUAUCUGAAAAAUUGAUCGAAAUCAGCAUAAUGGAAAGAGAUACGACAGCUUCCUUGAAUAACUUAUCGUCGAAUGCGAAUAUUUACUACCACGGACCAUUCGAGGUGCCUACGUUUCUCAAGCAACUAAUUGUUCCUUAUACGGCCUCCACAUUCCUGCAGAUGUCUUUUAAACCAGUGAUCAUUACCGCUGAUACAACAAUCGAAAACCUUUACGUGCAGCAACGGAACUGUAGAUAUCCUCACGAGUCAAACUUGGAGCUUUUUCCAAUAUUUUACUCUCAUAGCUUGUGCACUUUCGAAUGCAAACUGAAAUUGUUUCUCGUAAAAUGUGGAUGCGUGCCAUAUUUGUAUAAUCUGAGGAGUAAGCCUAAAAUUUAUACUAUUGGAAUACUUGCACUCGAUUUUCACUUUCCAAUUAUUUGUUUUUCAGUCAAUAUUCCUGUUUGUCCUAUGAGAAAACUGGCAUGUAUUUCCGGUAAUUUGGUAAAAAUACAACAGACCGUUGCAUCUUGUGGUUGUCUGAAGGAUUGCAAUUUCAUCAACUUUAUGCUUCAAAGUUAUUUGCUAAUCGAGUGGUUCAACAACCCAUUAAUCAAAUGGGACAUGGUUGUUUCUAAAGUUAGAUAUAGCAGGCGCAUUAUUUUCGAUAUUGCAGAUCUUAUGGUAUCUACUGGAGGAAUAGCAGCAUUAUGCUUUGGUGCUAGUUUUAUCACUAUAGUAGAAAUUGCCUUUUUGAUUGUGAAAAAUACUUUCUUCCCGGGAUAUAACGAGAUAUAAAUCUCUUCUCUACAUAUUCAUGUCUAUAAUUUUUGGCUCAAGUAUUACGAUUUCCUGUAAGUAGCCCAAAUAAAAUAAUAAAACCAAUAAAACCUUGA